ACAAGCAGCCCCUGACAGGCUGAGAGCUUUUCUUCCACUGAAGACAUGAUCGUCUUAAUUUACUUGUUCCUCUUGCUGUGGGAAGAGGCUCAAGGAUGGGGAUUCAAGAAUGGAAUCUUUCAUAACUCCAUAUGGCUUGAACAAGCAGCAGGCGUGUACCACAGAGAAGCAAGAUCUGGUAAAUACAAGCUUACCUACACAGAGGCAAAGGCAGUGUGCGAAUUUGAAGGUGGCCGCCUCGCUACUUACAAGCAGCUAGAAGCAGCCAGAAAAAUCGGAUUUCAUGUCUGUGCUGCUGGCUGGAUGGCCAAGGGCAGAGUUGGAUACCCCAUUGUGAAGCCAGGUCCCAACUGUGGAUUUGGGAAAACUGGGAUUAUUGACUAUGGAUUCCGGCUCAACAGGAGUGAAAGAUGGGAUGCCUAUUGCUACAACCCACACGCAAAAGAGUGUGGUGGUGUCUUUACAGAGCCAAAGAGAAUUUUCAAAUCUCCAGGCUUCCCAAAUGAGUAUGAUGACAACCAAAUCUGCUACUGGCACAUUAGACUCAAGUAUGGCCAGCGUAUUCACCUGAGUUUUUUGGACUUUGACCUAGAAGAUGAUCCAGGUUGCUUAGCAGACUAUGUGGAAAUAUAUGACAGUUACGAUGAUGUCCAUGGCUUUGUGGGAAGGUACUGUGGUGAUGAGCUUCCAGAAGACAUCAUUAGCACAGGAAAUGUUAUGACCUUGAAGUUCCUGAGUGAUGCUUCCAUCACAGCAGGAGGUUUCCAAAUCAAGUACGUUGCUGUGGAUCCUGUAUCUAAAGCCAGUCAAGGAAAAAAUACAAGUACUACUUCUACUGGAAAUAAAAACUUUUUGGCCGGAAGGUUUAGCCACUUAUAAAACAAAUAUAUGGUGUUUAUGGUUGCGUCUUCUGAAAUGUCUUUGAUAUCAUUUUUGAAUUAUUGUUAUUCACUUUUAUUUAUUAUUUUUCAAAAUGUGAAACACUAGAAGAAAAUGGAAAAAUACAGAACAUUUCAAAGAGAAAAUCUCACAUAACCCUACUACAUAGAAAUAACUGUUAACAUGUUUAUAUAUUUUUCUU